AUGACCGACUCCCGCCAAUCCGACGGCGGUUGCCUCUCCGCCUUAUGCUCUUGCUUCAGGAGACGAGAAAAGCCGCGCCAUGACGUUUCCGAGUCUCCUGCGACUGGCGUUGACGUCCUAACAGCAUUAAAACCGGCUGACGAUGGAAAGCCUGAGCCUACAGACCCCGAGGUCGUACGUCAUGAUUCAGUACUAAGCGUCUCACGUGCGACAUCAUUUACUGGUAUUGCUGAUGACCCUUCACUCCUUCCUGCUUCCAAUGUUCCAGGACCAUCUGCAUUGAACGGUUCUACUCCAACCGUUGAUUUAUGGCAGGAAGCAUGCAAGAAGGUGGACGUGAAAACUCAGAUAUGGAUCGCCAGUCUUCCUCCACCAGUCAAUGCCCAAGAUCCUGCAAGUGAGCUGGCGGAGUUCGUUCGCUCUAGCGAAGAGAAACACAAGCAAGAGGCGUUGAAGCUCAAAUCCGGCGACCGGGAGAUUUUGUGGAGGGAUUAUGCGAAUAAAGUUAUCCCUGUGGUGACUGCGAUUGGAAAUGUUGCCAUCAACUUUGCCCCUGCGCCCUCUAACGUCGUGUGGUCAGCUAUCAAGGUGCUUCUGACGGCCCACGUAUCUGAGCGUGAGGAUCUUGUGGCUAUUAUGGGAUGCACCGACAUAGUCCUCUGCCUCGUGAGGCGUGGUAGAGUGUACGAGAAGGUCUACAUUGGGAACUCCAUGUCGCCUAGGCCGCCUUAUCAGGAAGAUUUGAUGACGAAGUUGGUUGAAGUAUACACGAAAUGCUUGGAGUUUCUUGCUUUUGUCUACGAAGAAAUGGCGCAUGGUAAUUUGCGCCGAUUCUUCGACGCGCUCGUUGACCCCGGUUAUGGCGAAAAUCGGCUAUCAGCAGUGAGAGCACUUGAGCAGGAACUUGAGCUUGCAACUCGUCCUUGUAAGGCUACAGCAGAUGAUGAGCAUCGAAGACUGCUUGAAAGUCUUGAAGAGCCGAUCAAGCGUACCGACAAGAAUGUCAUAAAUAUUCUAAAAGUGCUUGAUAAGCAAGAAAGAGACAGGGCUAUGGAAUACGUCAGUGUAAUUCCAGUCGGAUCUCAUCAUAACGAGAAGGUCGAAAAAAGAACCAAGGGCACAUUCAAAUGGUUGGUCAGCCAUUCUAAGUUCCUUGCAUGGGAAAACUCUUAUUGUACUCCGGUGUUCUGGUUGCGGGGUGAUAUCGGUACGGGAAAAUCGUUCCUAUCUUCGAGAGUAAUUGAUCGUUAUCGAAUUCACGACGGAAUUCAAUUUCCCACCGGGCACAGCCUGGGUCUCGCUUUCUUCUACUGCAACAGCUCUGAUCAGAAUCGGCAAAGCAUCCAAUCCAUUCUCCGAAGCUACAUUCGACAACUGGGCGAGGUGACCGGUCAUCCUGAGAGCAUUCAUGAGACAUUGUUCAAUCUAUACAAGAGGAAAGAAAUUAAAAGCGAUAUCACGCUCCAAGAUUGCGAGACAGCGUUGGUCGAGAUGAUCAACAGUUACUCUCGAACAGUUCUGAUACUCGACGCCUUGGAUGAGUGCAAGAAAGACACGAGACGCCACAUUGUUGAGUUCUUCAAACGUCUAGUGGAGAAAACCAAUAGGUGUCUGAAGAUAUUCAUCGCCAGCCGUCCAGAGAACGAUAUUGGUGACUAUUUGAGGUCAUUCCAAGAGCCAAGGGCGACGAUCACAAUCAACACUUCUGAUAAUCAGGACGAUAUCGAGAAGUUUGUCAAUACAGAGGUGGACAACUUCAGUGUGGAUUGGAGCCCUGAAACUAAGCAGGCUGUUAAAAAGGAGCUUAUGGAGAAGAGCGCGGGAAUGUUCAGAUGGACUUACUUGCAAUGGGAACAGCUCAAGGAGUUUGACACCAAUAGCAGUGUCCAAGACAGGCUUGGUGACCUUCCCGAGACUCUGACGAAAGCCUACGACGAGAUUUACGAUAAAUACAAACCCAAGAGCUUUGAGCUUUUCAUGCUGCAGCGAGCAGUGAGAUGGGUCAUGUGCGCCCGCCGGCCGUUCGACAGUUGCACAUUGCUGUCAGCCAUUCGAGUGGAAAGCGAACAGAUGCAUGGAGACAAUGUGAAGGCUCUCGACAAGUCAGAUCUCACUGAGAAAUUGUUGGAGACUGUCUGUCGACAUUUGAUCGUGAGAGACCCAGAGCUCAAGGUCUGGAGGUUUCCCCAUGCAUCGGUCAGAGAGUACUUUGAAGAUAAGAAGGGAGAGCCGUGGGUCAAACACGCGCCAGCGGAGGUAGCAAUUGUCUUGAUCAACUGCUUAAGGGAUUGCUGCGCAGCUUACUCCUCUUUAUGGCCACCCUCAGAUGUGGAGUCCUACUCAGGAACGCUCCAGGAAAGAUCAACCAGGGAUCUACACGAAUGGAUAGAAGCAGGAGGGGCGGACCUUGACCAGCCUUUAGAUCCUCGGCAUCCACUUCAGGCGUACAUUCGACUGAACUGGCUCACACACAUCCACGAUCUUCCAGAACAAGAUGACAGAGCUGAAGACGUAGCCUUUGCUUUGAAACGAUUCCUGGGCGAAGAGCGUCCUCCGCAUUCUUCGAAGGAGUAUCAGAUAUUUUGCAGCCGCGUCAUGGAAGGUUAUCGGUUCAAUUACUAUACACCCACGUCGUCACAUGUCAGGCCAAAUACCAACUUCGCCUUUGGCGUUGUGGCAAUGGGUCUUCAUCGGCUCCUGCCUGAGUGGUGGAACGAAGGCCUCGACCUUCCCUCGUUGGUAAAUGAGGACGGCCUGAGCCUGCUGCAAAUUGCCACCUAUCAUGGCCACUAUGACCUCUGUCAACUUCUAAUCAGUCGGGGAUGCGACAUCAACGGGUUUGUUGAGGACGGAUACGAUGGCUCCCCACUGUGGAUAUCAGUAGACCAGCGAAAGAUUGAGGUCAUGGAACUACUUCUCAAUAAUGGUGCAAACAUGAAUUGCGUCGUCGGAAAACAGUCUAUUGCUUGCCUAGCAGUGGAUCAGGGGUCUGAAUACUGCACUAUUCUGCUGAAGGCAGGUAUGGAUCCCAACAUGAAGUGUAGUACAAAUAUCACCAAUCCCUACCGCAGGUGCAGAUUCGGCUCUGCCCUGUCGAGGGCUGUUUGGAAGAACGAUCUCGACACCAUAAAAGUCUUGAUUGGCGAGGGAGCAGAAGUCAACCUGGAGAACCUCAAAGACGAUCUUGGAAGCCCUCUCGCUUCUGCCGUAAAGGAAGGUUAUUUAGAAAGUGCUCGCUUUCUUCUAGAGAAUGGUGCAAAUGUCAACGAACAGUUCAGAUACGGAGAAUAUGGCUGUCCUUUGAUUGCUGCUGUAUGCGGUCGAGAGCCCGAAUGUGUUCGCCUUCUCCUAGAGCACGAAGCCGAUGUCAACGCCACGCCGGAAAUUGGUGAAUAUGGCAGUCCCCUGGCAGCUGCUGUAUCGAUGGGAGACUUGGAUUGUGCUCGCAUUUUGAUUGAACACGGCGCUGACGCCAAAGCACUUUUGAGGGUUGGAAAAUAUGGCAGUCCAUUGGUAGCUGCUGUAUCGAGCGGAGACGUGGGUUGUGCUCGGUUACUGAUUGAACACGGCGCUGAAGUGAAUGCAUAUCUGGAGUUCGGAGAAUAUGGCAGUAUUCUGGCUGCUGCAAUUCUCGAGUGUUCCCGGGCUGAGCCGUCUCUUGUUAUGAUCAAGUUUCUUGUUGAAGAGGCAGAGGCGGGCUUAGCUCAGCUAGCCUUUGUACGGCCCAGGAGAAAGGAACCGAACAUCAGGAUAAAGAGGGGAGAGCGACGCGAAAGCAUCUACGGAGCAAUGAAGCAGAUAAUCAGAUAUGAGCGACGGCGACGGGAGAUGGACAUGGCAGCGUAUCUAGUACAGGAGCUCCAGAUGGAGCGGCAAGUGUUGAUCAGCCUCGGUGUUCUCCCAAUGGAUUUGCCACCCGAUAUAGUUACUACGGCCGACACGGAGUAUGAGGAGUUGGAUGAGUAUGAUUUCGAUGCUCGGCGGGAUUAUUAUUCAGGGCGCUUUAGGUGGAGAAUGCUGGACGUGCUCCGUCGCACGCAAGGCAGUUUCGAGUUGAUUUGUGGGCGGAAUAUUGAAUAUCACUGGGAUUCAGGCGUCGCCUUGACCAAGCCUUCGGCCUAA